UCUGACCCAUAUCUUAUGUAAUGAAAGGCAGUGUAUUUUAAGAAGCGGUAACAGGGCUUCGUGAUAUAUAGAGAAAAUGCAUAAAAUACCAGGAGAGCAUAUUUAUGAGGGAAUUCUGAUGCCUGGCUAUCAUCCCCCUGAAAUAAUAGAGAUUUUCAAAAAUUUCCAAAUGCAUCAAAGUGACUGUUUAGUAACGGCAUAUCCCAAAUCAGGCCAAACAUGGAUAACAGAGAUGGUUUCUCUCAUCCUUCACCAUCAAAAUUUGGAGGAGGCAUCCAGACAGCCCAUCUUUAGCAGGGUUUUCUGGCCAGACUUUUGCCAUGCAGGGAGAGUGAGUCAUUCUUACUUGAAAAAAAUUGCCUCGUCCUCUGCACCUCGCCUUCUCAAGACACACAUGUUGUAUAGAUAUCUUCCAAAGCAAUCACAACAGAAGAGGGUCCCUAUGAUACAUGUACUCAGAAACCCCAAGGAUGUUGCUGUUUCCUAUUAUCAUUUUUAUCGCAGUAAUGCCUUGUUUGGAAAGUUCAGAGGCUCUUGGGAUGAGUUUUUUAACUUGUUUAUCAGUGGCCAUGUUGCCUAUGGUAGCUACUUUGACUAUGUCCUUGAAUACUGGAACGAAUGUAAAGAAAACUCAAAUGUCUUAUUCCUAAAAUAUGAAGAAAUGUUAACAGACCCAAGAGAAGCUGUUGUAAAAAUUUCUCAAUUCUUAGGGAAAACACUUAGUUCAGUCAGCAUGGAAAAGAUUGUCAACUAUACAUCAUUCGACAGUAUGAAAAAAAAUCCAGCUACAAGAAUAUCUGCCAUCACUGAUGCCAUUGAUGAAUCCGUUUCACCUUUCUAUCGUAAAGGAAUGGUUGGGGACUGGAGAAAUUACUUCACAGAGCAGCAGAAUACCAUCUUUGAAAAGACAUUUAGGGAAAAGAUGGAUGGAAGUGGUUUAAGCUUUGACUUUGGAACUAAUGUAACAAGCAAAAUGUGAACAUAUUAAGAACAUUAUCUAAAUAUUAGACUAAAUGUACUCAUAGAUUCUACCUCUUUUGAACAAAAUUUGCAUCAUGGAAUUCACAUAUUUUAAGCUUGUUUUGAUAGAGGCACUAGAUGUACUUAGAUGCAUUAGUAUACAUAUAGCAACAUUAUUGCAUGGUCUCAUUUUGUUAAAUUAACAUCUGUUAAGAAUGAAGAUGUUUUUAACUUAUAUUAUGAUAUCCAAAUCAGGCAAGAUAAUACAACAUGUUAUAGAACACAUGUCCAUAACACCAGCCACAGCUUUCUGUUUACCAAAUUGAAUGGGAAACAAAGUAUUAUUAUUAUUAUUAUUAUUAUUAUUAUUAUUAUUAUUAUUUUCACCUUGUCUCAGGAGCUAAGAAAGCAACUACUGACUAUGAUAGGUGUAUUAUGAUUGGUUUGGGGAUCAAUCCACCAUGAUGCAGCAUCCGAGGAACAAGAACACAUUUUACAUGAUAG